CAUGGAAUUUUUAGUAAACUCUGGACUAGAUAUGCAGAGAUUAAUUUUUAAUUGAGAAAGGAAACGUGAAGAAAAAAAUUUAGUUUGAUAAUCACAUGCACGCGUUUUUAUCUAUUUGUUACUAUGAGGAUAAAUAAAGUGCGCAAUGUAAAAAAUGGACGGGGUUGAAUAAAUUUCUAGGUAGUUUUUUAAAAUGCGUUCUGAAUGAUACGUUAAGCGCCAUCUUGUGGACUAAUUUGACAACUAUUGCAGUAUCCUUACUGUGUAAUGACACGUUGCAAUAAAUAUAAUACGGGGGUGUUUAAAUAAUGAAAAUAGGAGUAAUCGGUGCAGGACCGGCGGGACUGGUAUCGCUGAAGUACGCUUUGGAUGAAGGGCACGAGUGUACCGUUUUCGAACAGACCGGAGUUCUUGGAGGUACAUGGGUUUAUACUGACAAAAUUCGUAAGGAUGAAAAUGGCAUACCGAUCCACUCGUCGAUGUACAAGGGAAUGAGGACCAAUCUGCCGAAAGAGGUAAUGUAUUUUAUAGAUUUUCCGUAUCCAAAGGAGGAAAUAAAAUCGUAUCUUAGUCAGACUCAAGUAUUAGAUUAUUUUAAUAACUACGCGAAGGUCUUUGAUUUGCAAAAAUGGAUCAAGUAUUACAAGUGCGUCACAUGCGUGGAACCCUUAAACAAUUCGAAUUGGUCGUUAAUAGUGAGCGAUGUGAAAAGCGGGUCACAAGAGUUUUACCAAUUUGACUCGGUCUUUGUAUGCAAUGGUCACUACAGCUCUCCGACGAUUCCCAACAUUCGUGGACAAAGUGUAUACAGGGGUAAACAGCUUCAUAGUCACGACUAUCGUAAACCCGAGCCGUAUUUAAAUCAACGUGUGCUAGUGGUUGGUGGGGGAUCAUCUGGUACCGAUAUUGCUGCAAAGAUAGCCGAGUUAGCUGACCAUGUGUUUUUGAGUUGUCGACAUAAGGAAAAGAUCGUCUCGCGAAAAAAUUUAUCGACGAAGCCCGAGAUUACAGAGCUUAGUGACUACGGUGCAACUUUUCAAGACGGUACCAAAGAAGAUGUGGAUGUUAUUCUGUAUUGUACCGGUUAUGCCUACACGUACCCAUUCCUUUCCGAAGCUUGUGGUAUAUCCGUUAAUGACAAUUGGGUGUAUCCGCUCUACAAGCACAUCGUCAACAUCAACCAUCCAACAAUGUUUUUUAUAGGCAUUCCUUUUUUAGUGCCCGUGAUACCCGUUUGUGACAUUCAAGUCAGAUUUUCUUUGGCUCAGUUAAGGAAAAAAUUCUUACCGCCGCUUAAACGUAUGCUGGAAGAACUCGAAGCUUACGUAAACGAGAGAGAAUUGAAAAACAUGCCCCUGCGAUACUACCACAAAAUUGGUAGCGAACAUUUAGCAGAAUAUUUCUUGGAGUUGUCCGAAGCAGCCGGCAUUCCAUCGGUACCGUUUGUCAUUAGUAAAUUAUAUGCAAGAGCCCGAAUGGAUAGGAAUUUAGAAGAUUGUUUUCAAAUCGUAGAUGGAGAACAUUUUAUACAACUUUAACGUUAACCAGCAUUGUUGAAUAGAGCUCGGAAUAUAGUUAACACAUCGUUCAAUAAGCCCCCGGACUAACUAAGGAAACCGAAUUUGUUUCGCAAAGUUCAUUUUUAUUCAUCAACAUAAUCACCUUCAAGAGCUAUACAACCAUUCCAACGCUUAUCUAAUAAUCGAUACCAUGCUUGUAAUCGAUUUCUCCUUGUCCUCAAAGUAACCUUCAGUUACAGCAAUGACUUCCUAAUUUUAGCCAGAAUUUUUUCCCCUGGGCCAUCUUUUUGAGACGAGAAAACAGCCAGUAGUCGCUAGGUGUUACAUGUGGAGAGUAUAGUGGGUGGGGAAGCAGAUUGAAGCCCAACUCGUUCACUUUCACCACAGUAGCUUUGCUGUUUAUGAUCCAAUUGACGUGAAAAUGAGACACAUGUCAUUUAAAGAUUGGUUCUUUCGAAAAACGAAGCAGAUUUUACUAACGCGAUCUGUGUGUCAGUCCCGGUACUUAUUGAACGAUGUAUUAUAUUGACCUUAACCUACCUCACCUGCAAGUUAAAAAAAUGAACUGUAUGUUUCGUAGUAAUAUAAUGGCCGACAAAGCGACUUGCAAACGUAAUUAAAUACAAUAUGCAAAAA